GGGGAUCUACGUGUCUGUGCAAUAUGGUAUUCAACAGAGACAGAGUCUGAUGGAUGUUGUACUAACACAUGAAGUUCUUGGCCAAUGUUUUGAUACACCAAACGGGAUUUAUGCGAACUAAAAAAAAGUACUGUUACCGUUGAAUGACGUGUUGCGCAUAUUUCUCGUUUGUAAAUUGUAAAUACAUCGAAAUUAGGUUAAUUAGGUAACAGAACAAACAAGUAGCCAUGACCGACGAACUAAAGUUAGAUCAUCGUGCGAAAAAACGAAUUAAAGAGGUUAAACGGAAAGCGAGACCAGAACUCGGAGAUAAAGCGGCUUGGAUUCAACAUGGCUACAAUAAAAAAUUUGAAUCUUUUUGGAAUGUUAAUGACAAUGUGGAUCGCAUUGAGGAAUCUAAAGUGUCUCCGGAAGAAUUUAUAGAGAAAUACGAGAAACCCUACAAGCCUGUGAUAAUACAAGGUGUUCAAAAUGGCUGGAAAGCUCAACACAAGUGGACUAUAGAGAGGUUAAUAAAGAAGUACAGGAAUCAAAAGUUUAAAUGUGGAGAAGACAAUGAGGGGUAUAGUGUUAAAAUGAAGAUGAAGUACUAUGUACGUUAUAUGCUUAACAAUGAAGAUGAUUCACCUUUGUACAUCUUUGAUAGUUCCUUUGGUGAACACCCUAGGCGAAAGAAAUUGUUAGAAGAUUAUGUUAUUCCUAAAUAUUUCCGUGAUGAUCUUUUCCAAUUUGCUGGUGAACAUAGGAGACCGCCAUAUCGCUGGUUCGUUAUGGGACCUGCCAGGUCUGGUACAGGUAUCCACAUAGAUCCAUUAGGGACAAGUGCCUGGAAUGCACUGAUCUCAGGACAUAAACGGUGGUGUCUCUUUCCUACUCACACUCCUAGAGAACUUCUUAAGGUGUCAGCAGCCGAGGGUGGUAAACAAAGAGACGAAGCUAUCACGUGGUUUUCCAUUAUCUAUCCUCGCACAAAGUUAUCCACUUGGCCACAGGAUUGUUUGCCAAUAGAGAUUCUACAGAAUCCUGGAGAGACUGUUUUUGUACCUGGUGGCUGGUGGCAUGUUGUUCUAAAUCUCGAUGACACUAUUGCGGUUACGCAAAACUUUUGUUCUCGUACCAAUUUUCCGGUAGUUUGGCAUAAGACGGUACGCGGAAGACCAAAAUUAUCACGAAAAUGGGUAAAAGUACUCAGGGAUAAAGAACCAGAAUUGGCAGUCCUAACAGAAACUAUAGACGUAAAAGAACACACAGGCGUUGCCAGUGAUUCCUCGAGCGGUUCCUCGAGUAGCUCUUCGAGCAGUAGUACCAGUAGUCAAUCGGAAGAUGAGAGCGCGGAUGACAGCGGUCAAGAGUCAUUGACGGCACAUAAAAAGAAGAAGAGACGAAAACUAAAUAACAGCCAACCCUGACAAUAUCAAGCAUUUGGGACCUACAGAGACCUCAGACUGUACAGUAUUAACCAACAAUUAUUGUUUGUACUAAGAGUAAAUAUAAUUAUUACCACCUUCAUGUUCAUAAUAAAAUAAAUGCUAGAUAAU